AGGGAAUGGCAGUUAGAGCAGAGACAAUAGGAAGCGAGGCACAGCCGCGCCCGCAAACACUUCAGUCUGUGGAUUCCUCUUUACAGUCAUGACUGUGAGGACACGAUGUUUUCAGCUUCUCCUGCUCUGGUGUUGCGCACAGAUUUGCCUGACACAAAUAGAUACCAAAGGCUUUACUGGCACAGAGACCAAUGAUGGGGUGUGGGUUUCCUCCCAGGCCCAAGAGGUCCUGACCAGCCGCUUGACCACCAUCUUCCUCCCAGUCGUCUACAUCAUUGUGUUCGUGGUGGGGCUACCCACCAACGCCUUGGCCAUCUGGGUCUUCCUGUUCAGGACCAAGAAGAAGCACCCAUCGUCCAUCUACAUGGCCAACCUGGCUCUGGCUGACCUGCUGUUUGUCAUCUGGGUUCCCAUGAAAAUCGCCUACCACUUCAAUGGCAACAACUGGAUCUACGGAGAUGGUCUAUGCAAAGUGCUGGUGGCGUUUUUCUACGGCAACAUGUACUGCUCCAUCGCCUUCAUCGCCUGUAUCAGUGUCCAGCGUUACUGGGCCGUGGUGCACCCGCUGUCCCAGCAGCAGAGGAGCAGCCGUUUGGCUGUGUCCGUCUCCAUCGCUAUCUGGGUGGCGGUUUGGCUCAUCACCAUCCCUCUCUACCUGUACGACCAAGAAGUCCGCGCGAGGAACCUCAACAUCCUGACCUGCCACGACGUCACCAGGCCCAGCCAGAAGAAGAUCGCAGCAGGAUACUUCCUCACCAUGGGAACGCUGGGAUUUGUCCUCCCCACCGUUGUGUGCAUCAUAUCCUACAUCCUCAUGCUCAAGUCUCUGAGGAACAGCAUGUCAGACCCCACCAUUGCCAAGAAGCGCAAAAAGGCCGUGGUCCUGAUCAUCACGGUCCUGCUGAUGUUUUUAGUGUGCUUCACCCCCAGUAACGUCAUGCUGCUGGUGCACUACAUCCUCCUGCUGGGUGAGGCUGAGAACAAUCUAUACGGAUUUUACAUCACCACACUGUGCUUGGCCAGUCUAAACAGCUGCUUCGACCCCUUUGUUUACUACUUCAUCUCUGAGGACUUCAGGGAGCAUGUGAAGAACACGUUCCUCUGCAGGAGCGAGAGGACAGUGGAGAGGAUGAGGGUCUCCUUCAGCGCUCUGAAAUACUCCAAAAAGAGCAACACGUACACGUCUGAGUCGGGGAACACGCAGAGCACAGAAUGCUAGUGCUUUUUAAGUUCAUUCCUUCUCAGAAAACCCAGGUAUAGAAGAAGAGAGAUGAAGAGUAGGGGUCGACCGAUUAUUGAUAUUUUAAAUUUUCAUGCAUUUGCUGUAAAAAUGCAAAUCUUAGUGACAAAAUUAAGAUUAUCUCAGGCUCCAACAUGAAACCUCAUUGAUAUACCUUUCAUCGUUUAUGUAUUUUAAUCGCAAGGGACCUUUUUUCCCUGGGUGUUGAUAGGCUGUUACUUGUGACCUCUAUCCAGAGUGGCUACUAUAGAGAGAAGUGGCCACAUCAGAGCCAACGUAGCACAUUUUGAAUUUAAUUAUUUUGUCUGGAAUCAUUAAAAAAAAUUAUCAAAAAAAUGCUGAAUAUUGGCUCUGAUAAUCGUUCAACCCAUUAUUUUUAGGCUUGUGAUGAAAUCUAGAAAAGUCAUGUGGUGACAAUCCUGCUGUCUGAAGUUAGUGCUUUUUAAAAAAUGGUAUAAACAAAUGUACUUUUGCAAAUCUUUUGAUAAUGUUAUUUUCAUUUAAUGUGUGACGUUUUCUUGAUGCAGAGAUAUGAACAUGGAUCAUUUUUAAUGUAACUGGUUUGAUGCUGUAAUUUUAUUAAGAUGAAUUCUCUGUCAGCUAUUUAAUGUGUGACAUGAAGCUUAAAUCUGUAAUGUUUAAUGUUUAUUAAAUGAUGCAUGAAGCAAAAUAAAGGAAUAUUUUUAUUUGUA